GAUAUCUGUGAUUUAAUCCACAUGUUGAUGUAAAGCUAUUAAAAAUGAUUAGGUGAGGGUGUGAGCUACCAGGUUGAUGCAUCAUGCAUGGUCUAUAUAUUGGAGAAGUACUCAUGUGCAAUAUUUCUCACACUAGAACAAGUUGAUAAGAAGAAUGGGUGUUUCUCCUUUUCGGACUUGUAAUUCUUCUUCAGCCAUUGUUGUUGCAUUAGUUGUGUUGCUGUUUCUUGCUGGGACCUCUUCGGCAAAUCUCUCAAACAACUUCUAUUCUAAGAAGUGUCCCAAUGUUUUCAGAACUGUAAAAUCUGUUGUUAAAUCUGCUGUGGCCAAAGAACCUCGCAUUGGAGCAUCUAUUCUUCGUCUCUUCUUCCAUGACUGCUUUGUUGAUGGGUGUGAUGGGUCAUUACUACUUGAUGACACUCCAUCGUUCCAAGGAGAGAAGACUGCAGCAGCUAACAACAAUUCUGUGAGAGGUUUUGAAGUAAUUGAUGAUAUAAAGUCUAAGGUUGAGAAAUUAUGCCCUCGUGUUGUCUCAUGUGCUGAUAUCUUGGCCAUUGCUUCUCGUGACUCUGUUGUGCUCCUUGGAGGGCCUUUUUGGAAAGUAAAAGUUGGAAGAAGGGAUUCUAGGACAGCAAAUUUCACAGCUGCAAACACUGGUGUUAUUCCACCUCCAACAUCUAACCUCAGCAACCUUAUCACAACUUUCAGGAAUCAAGGGCUCUCUGUUAGGGACAUGGUUGCCUUAUCUGGAUCUCACACAAUUGGCAAAGCAAGGUGUACUAGCUUCAGAAGCCGCAUAUACAAUGAGAGUAACAUUGACAGAACAUUUGCAUUGGCCAGGCAGAGGAGGUGUCCAAGGACUAAUGGCACAGGAGACAACAACCUAGCAGUUCUAGACUUCAGAACUCCAAACCACUUUGACAACAACUACUACAAGAACCUCCUCAUCAAAAGGGGACUCCUCCAUUCUGAUCAAGUUCUAUUCAGUGGUGGAUCCACUGAUUCAUUGGUCAGAACUUAUAGCCAGAACAACAAGGCCUUUGAUUCUGACUUUGUUGCUGCAAUGAUCAAGAUGGGGAAUAACAAACCCUUAACUGGCUCACAAGGGGAGAUUAGGAGGAACUGCAGGAGAGUGAAUUAAUUAGAAAAGACAUGUGAAUUUAUUUGUUGUGUUAAAACUGUGGGAAGUUGUUUGGUCAAUUGAGAUGUUUGAGUUGUUUCUCUUGUGGAUUGGAAAAUUGUGAAUUGCAAUUAGUUUAGUUUAUAUUGUACUCUAGUAAGUUGUAACUUCA